UUUCCGGCCAGCAAGAGCUUUGGCUACGCGAUUUCCGUGUUCCCAGUUCACGAAAUCCUCGAGGAAAACUCGCCGUUUUUGCCAAUUUUCCUCAACACAUCGGUCUGGGUGAGUAUCAGCUCAACAAAACGCGAGUUUCACUGUGAAUACGUGGUUUUGUACUGUGCGGUGAUUGAUUUGAUUUGCUGUGAUUAGGAAAACCGAUCAAGAACAUGCGAAGAACUGGACGGCACAAGUUCCUGAGAAUAUCCGUGUUUUUUCUAGUUUAUUCCGUCAUUCAUAUCGCAUCGGUGCGAUCGGAGAAAAAAAAUGCCGACCUUAAACCGCCCGAUUCCACCGCUCUUCCAGCCGCCACCACACUCGAAUCGUCAACCGCCGCUUCAGAAAAAGUCGCCCCCAAGAACGUGUCGAAAACACACGCGUCCAUGGUGAAUAUUCAUUCCAUCGGCAAGGAGGUCGACGAUUUCUUCUCGGAAAAACCCCCAGAGCCUUCCAAGGCCGAACAUGGGGCGGUUUUAACCGCAACUGCCGCAGAGGAAAUAUCGGAAAAGAUAAAAGACAUCAAUGUGACCGAGACUGAGAGUCCCGUGCACCAGUGCACUCCAGCGGCAAUUCGGCAGUUUCCCCGGCCAGGAAUUUCGCAAUAUGCUCGCCGCCAUGGAGGGUUGAUCAUCCACAUUAUCGUGGCUAUAUACAUGUUUAUAGGGCUAGCUGUGGUAUGCGACGAGUAUUUCGUGGCUUCGCUGGACCGCAUAUGUGAAGAGCUGAAGAUGUCUCCGGAUGUGGCUGGCGCCACCUUCAUGGCCGCGGGCAGUUCCGCCCCUGAACUGGCAACGGUCAUCAUCGGCGUCUUCUACGCAGAAGAUGAUAUUGGCAUCUCCGGAGUGAUUGGAUCGGCAGUGUUCAACAUAAUGUUCGUAAUAUCGGUGUGCGCUCUAGCCACUGGGACCAUGGUCUACCUCAACUGGUGGCCUCUAGUCCGAGACUCCACCUUCUACGCCCUCUCCAUCAUCAUAAUGCUGGUGGUCAUAGUGGACGAGGACGUGAAUUGGAUCGAGUCAACGGUGAUGCUGUUGGUCUACGGCGUCUACUGCAUCGUGCUGCACUUCAACCCGGCGCUGGAACGCUGGUCGCAAACGCUUCCAGUGCCUUUCAAGAAAGUCGCGCCCACUGAACAGUCGGGAUUGGUGAGCUACAAAAACCUGGAAAACGAUGGCAAAGCGAAGCACACGAACUACGGCAUGGAGAGCAACUCCGUCGAGCCGGAGGAGGCCCAGUGGAGUCCUGGGAACGAAUGGAGCCCGGAACAUCGCAACCCCACCUUCCAUGAAGAGCCCCUGAGUGGGGCGGCUUUGAACCAAGUCACUUCAGAGGCUGCGGCUCCUCAGCAAGUCGGCCCGCCGCUGCCGAUUCAGCAGGAUUACUAUCGGCCCAAAGAGUACGAUCCCAGCACGAAAAUCAACCCGCUGGCCAAACCCGCAGCUGAGGCUGGGAUAUGGGCGAAGUCCAAAUGGGCCGUUCUCUACCCGAUUCACUUCUUCUGCAUCUACACCAUGCCGGACUGCCGGAGCGAAAAGUUCAGAAACUGGUACCCGUUCACGUUUUUCGUGUCGAUGGUUUGGAUCUCUUUUUACUCCUAUUUCAUGGUGUGGAUGAUCACCAUCAUCGGGUACACCUUGGGGGUGCCGGACACUGUAAUGGGCCUGACUUUCGUCGCGGCUGGAGUUUCGGUUCCAGAUGCCCUAUCCAGUAUAGCCGUAAUCAAAGAAGGUUAUGGAGACAUGGCAGUCUCCAACGCCAUUGGAUCGAACGUCUUCGACAUUCUCGUCUGUUUGGGGCUUCCGUGGUUCAUAAAAACUGCCAUGGUCCAGCCUGGGAGCCACGUAAAGGUCAUCAGCAAAGGAUUGACCUACUCGACGCUGUCGCUUCUAUCCACAGUGGCCUUCUUGGUCAUAGCUGUCCAUUACAACGGCUGGAAAUUGGACCGAAAGUUCGGAAUCGUGCUGAUGAUUUGGUAUUUGCUGUUCAUAACAUUCGCCAGCUUGUACGAGCUGAACAUCUUCGGCUACAUGAACCCGCCCGAAUGCGCCACUGAUUAUUAAGGUAGUUUAAUGUUUGUUUCAUGUUGCUUCUACUGCGAUUACUGGGUCAGCUCGUUGCAUAAAACUAUAGACGUACACGCAAACAGCGCCGUGUAUUCAAAUUCCCAUUGCCAACGCUUUGAGAAGCAAAUUUCAUUCAAAUGACUGGAUCAUUUUCAAUCAUUAGCAAAUUGGUCUGAGCGCUUGAGCCACAAGAUCCAGCUGUACAUUGUAACAUUUCCCAGGUGAAUCGAUGUUAUAUACCUACUGGUGUGGUCCCUAGAGUAGAACCCGACCCUUUAGCAAUAAUAAUCGUCGUUGUCAAUUUAUGUUCAAUUACUUAUACUAUCAAUCAAUAUUCCUGGAAUAUUUACAACAAAACGCCAAGGAUUUGCAAUCCUACAAAAUAGGGAAUCAUAUAAGUUAGUCAGUUCGCUUCUGCUCCAAUAAGGUGCGGAGUCUGAGACGCCUCCAUUUUUCAGGGUUGCAAUUUCUGCACAGUUCAAUUAAUCUACGGCAACUUCGGUUUCAGUGUCAAUAAAUAAAGUUAGUUGGGAAAAAUGUGUAGAUUAUGCCGCUAAGGGUACAAUGGGACUUGGAAGUCCUUGAGGAACAUCGAAACUUGCCGGGACAUUCGUGAACAACUGUGUAAAUGCACAAUCCAGUUCAGUUGUUCGCGAACAUUCCACAUAGAAAAGUAAUUUAAAAAAAAUAUCGUAGCAAACCUAGUUAGGGAUACUUAGAUGUUAGAUUUAACCGUUUGGACGACUUGGAAAAGCUAAUGAUGUUACGUUGUAGUGUUCAGAGAGUGUUUUUAAACGAUGAAUCAGUCUUCAUAUCACGUAAAAAUUCUCUGUCGAAUGUACAGCUUAGUAAACAGCAGAGAACAUUGAAAAUUCUUUUAAGUUAUCGCUGCAUUCCAAUGAUUUACCACGUACAACGAAACCUUCCGUUUUUUUUCAACGUUUACACUUUCUCGUUGUAUAUUUAUUAUGAAUGACUUCCGGAUAAUGCAAUCGUACAUUUUGUCCAUAAUUUUAGGUGAUUGGAAAUGUAUUUUCACUGGAAACUGUAACACUUUCCCAGAGAAUUCACUAGGCUUGCAGGUGACUAGUGAAAAUAUAGCUUUUUAAUAUUAAAUGUAACAAGACAAUAACGAAGCCUUAAAGUAUUAAUAGGCCAUCGGAAACAAGACUAUUAUGUUUAAUUUGACGCCUUCUCUAGGCGAUUCCACCUUUGCUUUGUGAUAUUUAAACUAAGUUAAUUUUAAAAAUAGGCAUUUGAACGCCUUUAACCAGUAGGAUUUUUUAGAAAUCACUUUUAAAAUGUUGUUUUCAGCAUUUUGCUUAGUGAGCGGUUGUCCGGUAUGUACUUCUUUAACUUACUGUCCUAGUAAACCCAACAAUGAUGGCUUUAAUAGAUAAUCCAGUAUUUUAGUCAGUAUUAUAUGGUUCCCUUAUAGCGAGUGCUUAUUCCUGGACGCGACUUGUUUAAGCCCAAAUAUUAAACAACUUGCGCCUGAUGGACGUUAAAUGUUAUAUGUAAUACAAAUAUGUAUUAACUGUUGAUUCUUGUUUAAGUGUGAACAAUAUUAUACCGGUAGCACAAUGUAAUAAAAUUUGCACUAAAAUAUAACAAUUAAACACUCAA